AUGGCUGAUAAUCUUAAGAUUGGAAAUUUGUCCCUCAACGACUCCCAGCACGCUCCCAACGCUACAGGACGCUCUGCAUACAUUCCUCCACACCUCCGUGGCCAGGCUCGCCAAGCUGCCGCUGCCGAGUCUACUUCUGGUUCUACUUCGGCUGAGGGCGUUGAUGGACAUGCUCCCGGGCAGAAUGGCCGCCCUGCUGGCAUGAAUGCCAGCGCCUGGGCUCCCGGAGGUCCGAAUAACGCUCCUGGUUGGAGUUCUGGCGACUAUGCUCCUCGUGGCGGUCCGGCCGUGAAUGGUAAUUCUGGCUGGGGUCAACCCGCCGGUUCCCGUCGUACUUUCGAUCCACAUGCUUACGGUCACCCAGGUCACCAAGGCCAACAGGGCGGAAACUACGGUGGUGCUGCCAGAGGCUCUGGUGAUGGCCAAUGGCGUGACGGUAAACACAUCCCUGGCCCCUCGAACGCUCGUCUCGAACGUGAACUCUUCGGUGUCCCCAACGAUCCCAGCAAGCAGCACACCGGUAUCAACUUCGCCAACUACGAUGAUAUCCCUGUCGAGGCAUCCGGCCAAAACGUCCCCGAGCCCGUUAGCACCUUUACGAACCCUCCUUUGGACGACCAUUUGAUAUCCAACAUCAAGCUGGCAUCCUAUAAGGUUCCGACCCCUGUGCAGAAAUAUUCCAUCCCGAUUGUCAUGGGAGGUCGUGACUUGAUGGCUUGUGCCCAGACCGGUUCUGGAAAGACUGGUGGUUUCUUGUUCCCCAUCCUCUCACAGGCCUUCCAGAACGGCCCCUCGCCAGCUCCCACCCAACAGGGCGGCCAGUUCAGCUAUGGCCGUCAGCGCAAGGCCUAUCCUACUUCCCUCAUUCUUGCUCCAACUCGUGAGCUAGUUUCUCAGAUCUACGAUGAGGCUAGGAAAUUUGCAUACCGCUCCUGGGUCCGUCCAUGUGUUGUCUAUGGGGGCGCGGACAUCGGCUCCCAGCUCCGCCAGAUUGAACGUGGCUGCGAUCUCCUCGUUGCUACUCCCGGUCGUCUUGUCGACCUUAUCGAGCGUGGCCGCAUCUCUCUCUGUAAUAUCAAGUACCUUGUUCUUGACGAGGCUGAUCGUAUGCUUGACAUGGGUUUUGAGCCUCAAAUCCGCCGCAUUGUUGAAGGUGAAGACAUGCCUCCGGUAGCUGGCCGUCAAACCCUCAUGUUUUCAGCUACUUUCCCUCGCGACAUCCAGAUGCUCGCGCGUGAUUUCUUGAAGGACUACGUAUUCCUUUCCGUUGGUCGUGUUGGUUCUACCUCUGAGAACAUCACCCAGAAGGUCGAAUAUGUCGAAGACGCUGACAAACGCUCCGUCCUGCUCGAUAUCCUGCACACCCAUGGUGCUGGACUCACUCUCAUUUUCGUUGAGACCAAGCGUAUGGCUGACUCUCUUUCCGAGUUUUUAAUCAAUCAGCACUUCCCCGCCACCGCUAUUCACGGUGACCGCACUCAGCGUGAACGUGAGCGUGCCCUCGAAUACUUCCGCAACGGUCGCUGCCCAAUCCUUGUUGCUACUGCUGUUGCUGCCCGUGGUCUCGAUAUCCCUAACGUCACCCACGUCGUCAACUACGAUCUACCCACUGACAUUGAUGACUACGUUCACCGUAUUGGUCGUACCGGUCGUGCUGGAAACACUGGUAUCUCUACCGCCUUUUUCAACCGUGGAAACCGUGGCGUUGUCCGUGACCUCAUCGAAUUGCUCAAGGAGGCACACCAGGAAGUUCCAUCUUUCUUGGAGAACAUUGCCCGCGAGGGCUCUGGAUACGGUGGUCGUGGAGGUCGUGGCCGUGGCCGUGGCUCUGCUGGUGCUAACCGUGACAUGCGUCGCAUGGGUGGUGGAAUGGGCGGUCCACCUUCCUACGGUGGUGGUGGCGGCGGCGGCGGCGGCGGUAACUACACUGCCCCCCCAAGCUACGGUGGUGGCAACUAUGGCGGUGCUCCAUACGGUGGUGGUUACGGAGGUGGUGGCUACGGUAACCCAUCGGGCCCUACUGGCCCAUCGUCCUGGUGGUAA